AGCGCCGGUUGCCCUUCCGUGGACGCUCCAUGUGCCUGGUUCGGCAGCGGUGGCGCGCACACUUUUGCCCGCUCCUCGCUCUCCCACGUCCCCCUCCUUUAUUUUGACGUCUCGUAAAAUAACGCCGUUUCGUCAUUCGCCGUGAAACUUUAAGGGAGAAGGAGGAGGUGGAGGAGGGGGGGCUGAUAGCGAAGUGAAUUAAAAUGCGACUAAAAGUCGGAGUGGUUCUGCGCAGUGUGAUCACGGGGUUCACGCUCUUCGUGUUGCUGGUGCUGUGGUCUUCCCUCACGGGGCAGAGAGACAGCCCGCCCCGGCAAGACGCAAGAGAACAGCAGCAGCAGCAGCAGAGGGAGCUGAACGAGCUUCCGAAGCCGCCUCAGGAGGAUCGAUUCCGACCCGUGAUCCCCUGGCCGCACGUGGACGGACUGGAGGUAAAUCUCGAGAACAUCCGUCGCCAGAAGCACAAGCGGGAACAGCCCGGCGACGGUGGAGUGCCAGGCCCCAAGCCGGAUGGCGACGGUCUCGGCGGCGGAGACAAAGAACCGCUCGAUCGCUUCCAUCCGAGGGGCGACGCGGCCGAACACAAGCGGGCCGUCAACAAGCAGUACCUAACGUUCAAGCCAAACAAGGUGAAGUACCCGGCGCCCAUGCUGAAGCCGGGCGUCCUGGGCAACUUCGAGCUGCCGAACGGCGAGGCCCCCGGCGUGCCCGGCGGCCCCGGCGAGGAGGGCAAUCCGGUGGUGCUGUCGCCGGAGAAGAAGGAGCUGGUGCCAGCCAGCAUUAAGGAGUUCGGCUUCAACAUGGUGGCGAGCGACGAGGUGUCGCUCGACCGCUCCAUCAACGAACUCCGUCACGAAGAGUGCAAGUUCUGGCACUACGACGAGAAUCUGCCGACGGCCAGCGUGAUCAUCGUGUUCCACAACGAGGGCUGGUCGACACUCAUGCGCACGGUGCACAGCGUCAUCAAGCGCACGCCCGCACGCUACCUCGCCGAGAUCGUGCUCAUCGACGACCACAGCACCAAGGCGCACCUGCUGGACCACCUUGAUGAGUACAUAAAGAUGUGGAACGGCCUCGUCAAGGUCUAUCGCAACGAGCGGCGCGAAGGCCUCAUCCAAGCUCGCAGCACGGGCGCCAAGAAGGCCACGCUGGGCCAGGUGCUGAUUUACCUGGACGCGCACUGCGAGGUUUGCAUCAAUUGGUACGCGCCCCUGGUCGCUCCCAUUGCUCAGGACAGGACGGUCUCCACGGUCCCGCUCAUCGACGCGAUCGACGGCAACGACUACGUGCUGCGGCCUCAGGGCGGCGGGGAUGAGGACGGCUUCGCACGCGGCGCCUGGGACUGGAGCAUGCUGUGGAAGCGCGUGCCGCUGAGCAAGCGCGAGAAGGACAAGCGCAAGACUCGCACCGAGCCCUAUGGGUCUCCGGCGAUGGCUGGCGGGCUGUUCGCCAUCGAUCGAGACUUCUUCUUCGAGCUGGGACUCUACGACCCAGGCCUGCAGAUCUGGGGCGGUGAGAACUUUGAGAUCUCUUACAAGAUUUGGCAAUGUGGAGGAAAGGUGCUCUUUGUGCCGUGUUCACGUGCGGGACACAUUUACCGCUUGCAUGGCUGGGCUGGGAACCCCCCUCCGCCCGGCUUGGGCUCCUCUCUCACUCUCAAGAACUACGUGCGCGUCGUCGAGGUGUGGUGGGACGAGUACCGGGACUACUUUUACGCGAGUCGGCCCGAGACGCAGGGCAUCGCGUACGGCGAUGUCACGGAGCUCAAGAAGUUUCGCGAGGACCACAACUGCAAGAGCUUCCGCUGGUUCAUGGAGAACAUCGCCUACGACAUCCCCGAGUUCUACCCGCUGCCGCCGCGCAAUGUCGAUUGGGGGGAGAUACGCGGAUUGGGUUCCAGCUAUUGCAUCGACAGCAUGGGGCACACCAACGGAGGAGUGGUGGAACUUGGACCCUGCCACCGCAUGGGAGGAAACCAGCUGUUCCGAAUUAACGAAGCCAAGCAACUGAUGCAGUACGACCAGUGCCUGACGCAGCAUCGCGACGGCAACAAGAUCACCAUCAUGCACUGCGGCAUGAAGCAGUUCGAAGAGUGGACGUACGACAAGGAGAAGCACGUGUUUGUGUACACGCCGAAGGGAUGGUGCCUCGAUCGCUCGGAGCUGCUGCACCAGGUGUUCGUGGCGACGUGCGAGGACGGCAAAACCUCGCAGCAGUGGGAGAUGAACAACAUCGUCGGCCUCUAACCUGUGACCUCUGUGACCCUCGGGACCGCGUGACCUGCACAUCGACGUCUCUAAAGCACACAUGCUUAGGCAUGUAACGAUUCACCGCCCCCCCCCCCCCCCCCCCCCAUGAUGUGAUCGAUUCUCUCGAUUUCGGGGUCAUGAUUGCAAUCGAAAUUCGAUGAGGUUUUUGUUUGUUGUCUCGUUUUUUAUCACCUUGUUUGUAUUGUUUCUUUGUGUGUGUUUUUCCCUCCCUCCUAUGUUGAGUUCCGUUUGCUCCAUUAACCCUAAAUGUAAUACCUUUGUGUAAUUUUGUGUACGACCCAUACAUUGUAAAUGAUCGAUUCUCACGCGCACACUUCGAUACGUGUUUCGUGGCCGUUAAUUUCGAUCUGAAUCAUCGUUACACGCCUCUUACAGCCACGUUUACAUAUAUGUACGUGUGUGUGGUCUGUGUACGUUGCCCCAACAGUCUGUGUAGGUUAUGUAGGGGCCUAUGUAUGGAUCUUUGUCUUUGUCGUGUUUGUAUCUCUAUCAGCGUGUGUAUAUAGUAUAUAUACUGUACGUGCGUAUACGAGUGCAGUGCUGUCGUGGUUUGUGCACUGCACUACGAACCCGGCGACCCGAGUUCGAUUCCCGCUCAUGACCAAUAAGUGUCCAAUAUUUCGAACCAGUGCUUCCUCCCCUAGGUCAACUUGGCCUUAAAUGAGUACCUGGUGUAGUGUGUGAACAUCGGCACUGGGGAGACAGUCAGCCGGGCGUGGUGUUGCCCACCCACCUCCUCAUGUGCCAUGCUUGCCUUGAUAGGCACUAGUCACAACAAUAUGUUACGGCUAUGCGGGGGGAGGGUUUUUUGUGUGUGUGUAUAUAGCAUAUGUACAAUAUGUGUCUAUAUACACAUACAUGUGUGUGUGAUACUGGUUUCGUGUACAUAUUGUGCACGCGUGUACAUAUAUACAGUAUAUGUAUUAUCCUUAUGGAAAAUAAUAUUGAAACAAGUCUUAAAAAGAUAUGACCUAUAUAUAUGUAUUUUUUAUAAAUAUUUACGUUGUGUCAGUGGCUCAGCCUUGUCAUUUCGGAACCAAAUUCGUUGCAAUGCUCCCGAGUUGGUAGGUGCUGCAUUGGGGCACGAGAGAACUAAUUAUUUCAAUUCUGAAGUUACACAGAAUACUCGUGGACCGGCUACGUACGUUUAAAUAAACUUGCAACAUCUCGGUUGCUUAAUUUAUUACAAUACCAACAACAAUAAUGGACCGCAGCAAAACAAAAGUUUACGUUUCGACGCGUAAGUAAGUAUUUUGUGAAUUUUCUACACUUUGUCAACAUCUGCCUGAGAGAGGGGGGGGAAGAAAGUAUAUGAAUACUCGACUUUCUGGGCAAAUUGCCAUGAAUUUUCCUACGAUGAAGUUGGGCCAUUGCCCGAAACGUCGACCUAUUGUGUAUUUUUUUCCCCUUUCCUAGCGCAAUGUUAUUGAUGAAUGCGUCACUUUUUAUUUUAUUUAUGCUGGGCACAACUACCAACGCAGGGUCACACAAUGUUUUGUUAUUUUUGUGAAUUGGAAAUGUGUAAAUUCAAAAAAAUUUCAAACGUGAUACUUUUUUUUUUAACAUGAUCACAAACUUGAGUUGUUAACUCGAGUUUAGUGUUAGGGUCGCCCAGCCUAUCGUGCAGGUCGCUGUGUAAGAUAGCAGAAGCCACGAGCGUCUGUCGGUAGCCCUGGAUUGCUAAAUUAACACGCAGGCAGGGCUCGUAACACCGCGUCUGUGUCGCGUUGCGGCAAGUAGCUUCUGUAGCGAUCGGCCACCUUUGUGCUCUUCAUACCUUCAAAGCCGCCCCCCCCCCCCCCCCCCCGAGUCUUUGUGCGUACACAUAAUCACGGCCGUUGGUAACCCAUGUGUACAGGGCGGUCCAGGAGGUGUCUUGUGAUCCCCAUUUAAUUCUCUAAAACUUAAUAUGCUUGCACACCAUUGGGUGUGAAAAGGGAAAUUUAUGAGCAAAGGGAAGAAAACAAUGUUAGGGGCCAAUUGGAGGUCACAUGACAUCUGGACCCCCUCCCUGUACAUGUCCAGCCUUUAGUCGAUCCCACUGCUGGAUGGGGGUCUUCCCAUGCCGGGUAGGUUGUGGGAAGUAAUUGACCACAGUGGGAGUAUAGAAGCACAGUCGAUAAACGGAUUUGAGUGGUAUGAAUAUCUUGACCUUAUUUGACAUUGUUAUUUUUGUACCAACAGAUUUUGGGGGCCCUGACUUGAAGAAGUCACUUUAUUUUUUAAAAGGAGAUGUAUUUUUAUUUAUAGUUUUUAUUUUGUCAAAUAAUCGCUGUGCAUGGUACAUUCCUUUUGCAGUACGGGUCGCCAAGAAUACGGUUGGGUAUGCGCCCGGCGUUUCCUUGAAAUCUCCCCCGUCUUUCGUGUACGCUGCAAGUGAUGCUGAAACAUUUUUUGCAACGCAGCCUUGUUGAGGUUCCGUUGAGGCCAUGCUGCCCUCCGUUGUCGGGAGCAGUGCGUAGCUAUCGAGUGUGCAGGUAGUGCAACUGCACCGUAGGGUGGGGGGGGUACGUGGACCGGGGAGGUUACGAAGAGGAGUGGAGGGGGUGGGACAUUGGACGCCCAAUUAAUUUGCACCUUCUGAUAAGUACGGUUGGCUACGUACGGUGCGAAAGAAGUUCAACAUGCAGCAGGGCCCGUGCCAACCGCGCUAUGCCACUGCGUUGUGUCAAUUCGUCGUUCCGCGUAGACAUUGUUGUCUCCUGGCGCAGCAGGAUGUUUUAGGAAAGGCGUCGCUGUUCGGAAACGUUCCCGGGUUUAACUUUUAAAAAUUCAACACAUACGUCGAUAAAACGUAAAAUGAAAAAUAUGUCAGAAGCGAUGUUUUGAGCAGAGGCCCUUCACAGGACACACAUGACGUAUGUGCAUAUAUGAUGAUGUGUGUGUGUGAUUUGGAGAAGGGUCCCCUGCCCACAACGUUGCCUAGUGUACAUCUUCCCAUAGAAGGCAUUGUUAUUGGGUGUGACACGCAGUCGGCUCUUACGACCACUAUCCAUCAUAAAGCGGGGUCUUUUUGGGUUAGAUCGCGUAGAUGUUGGCGGACGUUUAGAGGUUGUUUUUUUUCAACUGUGCUUGGGAACCACUGCAAACGGAGCAGAAAGCACCAAACACAUGGUUUAAGUUUACAUAAAGUAGCGCCUGUGAAACACGAAAGAUAUGAAUUCAAGACUAAGGCAUCACAGCACUUCCAGUCUUCGCGACUCCUCUCUCUCCCUCGACUUCCUACCUUAUCCAGUCCCAUCCCACUUUUCAAAUCGCCUAAUUAUUUUUUUUACCUAAGGGUCUCCAAAAAUAUUUGUACGACUAUACAAAUCGAUGCCAGCGACCCUUGCCAUCGAACAACCGCCAGUCACACGGCUUGUCACCCGACCUCUUCCUUCCCACGUCCUGUGUCAUCAUCUCCCGUCUCUCUCUCUCUACCUCUGAACCGUUAGGAGCCGCUCGGUGAGUGCUGGUCCGUAGACGAUUGUGCGCCUGAACCCUCUCAUGAUUGUGCACCUGAACUCUGGCACGAUUGCGCGCACCGCGCUCACUCACGGGCUGGACUGCGUUGACCUGCGCCUUGAGUAACCACUCGCAUUAGCAGAGCUGUUAACCCCGUAUCGGUGCCCUACAUUAUUACAGACAAAUUCAAACCCUAUUGGUGACCCCGUGCACCUUUACAAAUCUCAACGUUCAUCCGACGAAGUCCCAUCACAGGGGGAGAAACAAGCAAAUAUACAAAAUGUUUGCCCGUAUCGAAACGGCCGUGCGCCGUCGUGGACCUGAAAACUCAAUUCCCCUGUACAAGAAUACGUGGUAAACCGUACGGGUUGAAAGGCGAUUGUAAAGCGUGGUGGUGGUUGGGUUGUUGUUGUUGGUUGGUUUCAACUUUUUGCCUAUUGCCGGCACACCGCUCCACGUCUCCCCCUACCGGGGACGCGGCUGCUACUGCGUGGGGCGGAGUUUGUGGAGGGGUGGCUCCAUCCCUCCCUCCCGCCGGCGUCGUCGUUGUUGCAGUUCGUUUGGCGGCCUGUGGUGGUGCCGUGGUGAGGAGGGUGGUGAGGAGGGUGGGGGGUGAUUGCGCAACAGCCUCUCUUCACACGCUGCGGCCAUUGAAUGCGGUGUUGUGCAGCACGUACCACUGUUGACUGGACUGAGCCAGUGCGCGCACGUGCGCGUGUGUGUGGCGCGCGUGUAUGUUAAGUGUGUGUGUGUGUUGGUGUGUGCGAGUGUGUGUGUGUUGGUGUGGGGAGCGGUAGUGUAGCGAUUAGCGCGCUGCGCUAUGAACCUGGCGACCCGGGUUCGAUUCCCGCUCACGGCUAACACCAGUGACGAUUAUCUGAACCGGUCCUGGGCCUCCCCUAGGUCGACUCAGCCUUAAAUGAGUACCUGGUGCGGUGUGUAAACAUCGCCACUAGGGAGACAAAGGCGGUCGGGCGUGGUGCUGGCCACCCACCCCCUCGUGUACCGUUCCGGCCUUCAUAGGUGCUCGCUAACAGCACUUCCACCUACAGUCUGUUCAGGCUAUACUGGGGAUCUUUGUCUUUGUGUUGGUGUGUGUGCUGAGUGUGUGUGUUGGUGUGUGUGCUGAGUGAGUGUGUGUUGGUGUGUGUGUGUGUGCUGAGUGAGUGUGCGUUGGUGUGUGUGUGUGCUGAGUAAGUGGUUUUGGUGUGUGUGCUGUGUGUGUGUUGUUGGCGCACUGCACCGAGUUCGAUUCCCGCUGCAACUAAGAACAAAUAUCAUGAACCGGUCCCGGGCUCCCCGCCUAGGUCAACUCAGCAAUAAAUAAAUACCUGCUGCGGUGUGUAAACAUCAGCACCGGUGAUACAAAUGCGGCCGGGUGCGGUGAUGUUUUGGCCUUUGUAGUUGCUCGCUAACAGCACGUGUACCCCCACGGUCCAUGGAAGGCAAUGCUUGCCAGGGAUAUGUGUAUUCAUCUUCUUGGUUCUUUCGGUAAAGUCACGCAGAAUUAUCAUUGUAUCCUCACGCCUACACGCACGGCCACUAAGCAUACAUAUCCAGAGAGAUAGGCGCUUGCAAAAAUGCCGUCCGCAUAAGGGGGGGGGAUGGAUCGAUUGAUCAUUGCGCAUGGGUUUACUCUACACGUUUAGCAGGAGAGCGAGAGAUUUGGCCACCUUUUGUGUUAAUGAGUGACAUGCAUGCAGAAAGCGGCGUACAAUGUGUGUGUGGCUGUCAGAAUUGGAUGAUUUUGACAAGGAUACACAGAUGUUCAUAGGGGGAUUUAAUUGGGUUGACGAUCAUUCAAGUUGGUGCGCUGCUGUUGGGGGAUGAUUGUGAAAGUAGCCACUGUGUUUGUGUGUGUGUGUCCUUCCCCGCACUUUCGAUUAGCACGCUUGGCGCUAUGUACGAUGCGAAAUAAGUUCAACAUCGUAAUUAAAGCCUCUCCUCCAUCUGUGUCACGGUCCCAAAAGCACACAAACUUCCAGGAGUCACAAGUGGUGUUUUAUGUGCGAGACCGUUUUAACAGUAACGGAUUGAUCGGUUGUAAAUCUAUUUUCUCUCGAAUUAAUUUACAUUUUUGGGAGAUUGUUCUUUAAAAAAAAACUCCUUGAUGCAAUGUUAUAAUCGCUUUGUUGUAAAGAGAGAUACUGUGACGCAGCCGCGGGGGAGAAAUUAUCCGGUUUGCGGAUUGAUGAUAAUCGCAGUUGUCUGUGGUGGAAUCUUUGGCACGUUUGUGUUUGUUUCAACCUCCUACGGAGUGAAACUUCGAAGUCGUCUUUAACUUCUGUCCGCGUAAGUCAUUAUUGAGUGUGGUCGUGCACAGACGCCCGCGAAACACACAAAGGGGGAUCUUCCAAACAAGUUGAGAAAAAUCUCACAGUCGUAAUGCUGCGUUGUAUUCUAAAAUAGAUGGGGGGAACGUAACAAUUUCCCAAAACGAUGCUUUACUCAUCUUUUUACCGUACAAGUUAAACGUGGGUCACGUUACUCGCGUAUUUGUCAACUCGGUAUCCUAUUGGGCUCAACAUGACAUCCUGUAUUCAAGUCCUGAAAGUGUAAUGUUAUGUCUGCUGGUUGCAGUGGGGACACUGAAAAAUGUGAUGUGGGAUUGUGUGCUCGCAAGAUUUCAAAUGCACCGUUUUCAUGAUUUGACUGCCCUUAUCUACAGCCCUCUCAUUCGUCUUGCACAUACCAGAAGUGUAUUUAAAGGGCGCCUUUGUUUGACUUUACGAUUCAAGCCUUGUGGAUGAGCUCGCAGAUCCACUUGCGGCUCGUUUAAGUUGCAACAUGUGACACUGCAAAAACACAUUUGCCCCCAUUUUUAGAUCUACUGAAUGGUAUUCACUUGGGAUGUCGCCUACCACUUAAUACGCCCUCGCCUAAGCUUGUUGGGAGUAGGGUUAUGGUAGGAACCAAACGUAUGGAAUAUGAUUGCAUGGUAAUCGACCUGGACUAUCUAUAUCUUCCUCAUUGUGUAUGGUUGGCCCGUUGUCACUUUGUAUCGCAAUAUUCCGCAAGAGACAAACACACAACAGUAUACGUGACCCAGCCUUCUGACCCAUUUCCUGACGUUUUAACUUUGUUUUAUUAUUUUAGUUUGUUCAACUGGUGUGUGUUAGGCGGUAUGUUAAUCGUUACAGGACAAAACGGUGAAAGCUUUUGUUUUUACAUUUUAUUUAUAGCUUUACUUGGGAUGGGUUACUGUGUUAUGCAUUGGCUGUGACCGAUGUUAUGGCCUUUAUUCUCUUAGUUAAUCAUAUGCGUUUGUUUCUUUUACUGUCGUUGCAAUCGCAUAAACCAACCUACUGGGAACUCGGUUUUCAGCGUCGUGAUGAUACAUUCCAUAGGAAAUAACUCCUGUAAGUUGAUAUUUGAAAAACAAAAAUGCUGAAAAGUAAAAACAAAUUCUGAUGCCUUUUUGUUUUAAUACGUUGCAAAUUGCAUGUGUAUGCAGGCCGACUUUAGGUGUGGUUGUUGCCUGCCACGUGUCGACACCGAUUUCUGCAGGCGACCACUUUGCGACCACUUCUAUUAAUAUCUUAACAAAGCGAGCUUCCUUUACACGCAAAUCUCGCGACCACGGUGAUGUUUUUGAAUUGUUCUAUUUUUUUAUGGACGGGCUGAUGGGUUUCAUUUAAUUGUAUAGACAUGUUCAAGUUUACAUUCGUAAAUUAUUCAGUUGUUAUCAGGUGUGUAGGACAAAUAACUUAGAUGUAAUGGGUAUAAGCGUUUUAUAUGUAUACACAACGUAACUUAAUGAUGUUUUUGAUCGCAAAUGUCAUGAGAACACUGGCACCUGUGGUUGACGUGACAUCUGUGCCCAAAGCUGCCGUGAAGAUUCCCGCGAUAUGAGGGUAGUCAUGAUGAUACAAAAAUAUAUUAGAACACUCCACUCUGUUUGCAAACUUCAAAUUACAAGUUUUAUAUUCCAAUGUAUAAUCCCAGUUUGGUAAUUUUGCGGGUCAUCUUUGAGUUUGGCGAAUAUGGACUUGGCUCGUGCACCCAUGACACGUCUCGCAUCCCGAGACCAUUUGUGUGGACCACCACUUGACCAAAACGUCUUGUGAGCUCUACAAUGAGAGCAGUCAAUGUGGUGUCAUCUUCUUGAAGGAGUGGAUCCAGUGUGUGAAAUUUGCCCCCCUGGACGUGAAAAAAUACAUUCCAAAAUUGCCCUAAGGGACGUUUGGGGUUAUGUGCCUGACGGAAGAUUAAAUAAUACUGCAUAAUGGGAAAAUUGAUUGUAAGAAUGUCAAUUCCCCUGUUAAAUGAAAAUCUUAAAGUGUUAAGUUUAUAUAUCCUCGACAGAAAAAGGGAGGACAUGUAUUUGUCUGACAUACUUAGGGGGCAGACUUGCAUUUGGAAAAGGGGGGACUUUUUUAACAUGACUGCAAAAAGUAACUUGAGUCGUAACAGCAAUUUGUGCGACAUUAAAUCAUAAACCACUGCUAGUGCCAGGGAUCCACUGAAACACCGUGCCGUUGUUCUGUACUGCCCUACUGAUUCAUCGUUCACUGUGAAAUGCACAAAGUACGCGGUAAACAACCAAAAGCUAAAAAUGCAUUGCUCUAAUGCAAGCCGUGCCCUUCGGCUGGAGGAUCUGUUUGUUUCGUAGAAUUUUUUUUGCAAGGAAUUUUAGGUUUAUAAGGUCCCUGUACAUGCACAUGAAUCGAGCCUAUGAAGCAAUGUGAACAUGAAAGGUUUGAAAUUUGGCGAGUUGGAAAUAUUAAGCUGUUUGUUUCCACUCUCGUCUUAACUCCUUUUUGUAAACUGGGGGACAAACACGAGGGAUAAACCACUGCAAUUUGAAUUGACGCUUCUAUGGAGUAAUUCUUUUCCAUAAAAAAAAUAACGUGCCAUGAUUAUAGCUAUGUAUCUUCCAUGCAAAGUGAAGUGGGGUUUUUUUUGUACAAGUCCUGGGAAAAGGCUGUGUUUUAUCUUGUCGUGUUUUCAAGUAAUGCUUGAAAGAAAAUUACACCAAAAAUAGAUGCAUGUUCAAAAAGAGAAUGUGAAUUGCAGAUGUGCAGGAAAUUCAACUAUAUUUGGCCGCCAAGGACCUGGGAUUGGUGAAUUUCUCUUGAACGGGUGUUGCGUUGUCAUCUUGUUACCGUAGCCUCCGUGUUAUUACGCACCCUUUUCCCGCCCCAGUAUUUUAAAGAAAACGUUGAGGCUGCGUCUUGUAACCCCCCAAUAGGUGGUCAUUUGUGUGCGCGCGACCGAAUUUGUGUAACCUAAUUGAUACCGUGCACAAGUAUGAGGUGUGUCUUCCUUUCUCGAGCGGCUAUUAUAAUCUGGAGAAUACGGCAAGCACCAUGGUAGUUUGUGGUCCAUCUUUGAGACACGUUAAUGUGUUUUUACAUUUGUGAUACGAAGUAGCUGUAACAGUGAUCGGCAGUGCGAUUCCAUGAUAAUUUUGGCCUUGGGACCACGGAGCCACUUUUACAGAACUAGCAGUAUAGAACUGUUGCUGUAGAUCAGGUUGGUUGGAAUUGUGUAAAACUGAAUGACAUUGGCAGCAUGUAAUUUUAUAAAAUGCUGAAUGAACUUAUUGGCAGGUGGGAGGGGGGUGUUGCAAUAUUCCAUUUCAUUUACAAUGCCACAAACAUGCAAUCUGGUCUCCUGCAUCAGGUUUAAAAUCAAGUGGCUCCUUAAGCCAACAAACCCUUGCUUCAAAUAGUUACACUUGACAGUAUGCAAUAUGCUUCUGCUAAACGAGAGAUAGUAAAACUAAAUCUGUACACUGGAAAUAGGGGCUUAUUUUUAUAAUUGUGAUCAGUUUUUUUUCAGUGGUGAUAAAUAAAGUGUAUAUAUUGUCAAUCA